CCCAGGCCCCGCUCCCCGAACUGACUGGCGGGCCCGGAGCGGCGCCCACUGACCGGGCUCGCAGGCCUCGGGCCGGCUGCAGCGGGCGGCCAUGGAGCUAGCGGCGCGGAGGCGACAGCAGCCGGCGGCGGCGGCGGCGGGCGGCCCGGGCGUGUCCUUCCUGCAGGCCAGGCACGGCCCCACCAGCAAGGAGGAGGCUGCCCACCCCGCACCCUUCCACCUGGACCUCUGGUUCUACUUCACCGUGCAGAACUGGAUUCUGGACUUCGGUCGUCCCAUUGCCAUGCUGCUGCUCCCUCUCGACUGGUUCCCGCUGAACAAGCCCAGCCUGGGCGACUACCUGCACAUGGCCUACAAUGUCAUCACGCCCUUCCUCCUGCUCAAGCUGGUGGAGCGCUCCCCGCGCACCCUGCCGCGGUCCAUCGUCUACGUCAGUGUCAUCACCUUCAUCAUGGGCGCCAGCAUCCACCUGGUGGGGGACUCGGUCAACCACCGGCUCCUGUUCAGCGGCUACCAGCACCACCUGUCCGUGCGCGAGAACCCCAUCAUCAGAGACCUGCGGCCCGAGUCGCUGAUCGACUCCUUUGAGCUGCUCUACUACUACGACGAGUACCUGGGCCACUGCAUGUGGUACAUCCCCUUCUUCCUCAUCCUCUUCAUGUACUUCAGCGGCUGCUUCGCCCCUGCCGCGGCGCCGCGCUCGGUGCCCGGGGCCGCGCUGCUCCUGGUGGUGCCCAGCGGCCUGUACUACUGGUACCUGGUCACCGAGGGCCAGAUCUUCAUCCUCUUCAUCUUCACCUUCUUCGCCAUGCUGGCCCUGGUCCUGCACCAGAGGCGCAAGGGCCUCCGGCUGGACAGCAACGGCCUCUUCCUCUUCGCCUCCUUCGGCCUGGCCCUCCUGCUCGUGGGGCUCUGGGUGGCCUGGCUCUGGGACGACCCUGUCCUCAGGAAGAAGUACCCGGGUGCCAUCUACGUGCCCGAGCCCUGGGCCUUCUACAGCCUGCACACCAGUGGCCGCCACUGAGGCAGGGCGGGGGCUGGCGUGAGCGUGUGAGUGUCAGAGUGCGCGUGUGAGGGCGUGUGAGGGCGAGGGUGUGUGUGUUGACUGUGAGCGUGUGCAUGAGUGUGAGGUGCGUGUGUGAGGGUGUGCACAUGGUGUGUGAAUGAGUGUGUGUGUGUCUGAGGAUGUGUAUGGGUGGGUGUGUGAGUCUGGGUUGUGAUGUAAAGGUGUGAGUGUGUGAGUGUGAGAGACUGAGAGUGCGAAGGUGUGUGUGGGGUGUGUGUAUGUGUGUGAGGGCGUGCAUGGUGUGACUGUGGCGUAUGGUGACAUUUCUCUUAGCUUUGGAUCCUUUGGAUGGGUUUUUAGACCCCAGUUCUGGUUCCCCGUCCUGGCCCCCCUCUCCGAGGGCUGGUCACUUCCCCCGGGGCAGAAGAGCACCCCGCACUGCUCCCGCCCCUCCCAGGUCUCUGGCCAGCCCCUCCCCCAGCCUCUCUUGUCUCUGCCGGAUCCAGCAGCUCCAGGCCAGGGGGGCCUCGUCCAAGCAGGAUCCUGGGGCCCCCCAGGCUUUGGGCUCAUUUGCCGGUGGGCCGGACCCUCCUUCCUCGCCUGUGUUCUCAGGGAACCGGGGCCUGAGCCCCUCGCGUGUGGGCGGGGCCGGGCCUGGUCAGCCGUGUGCUGCCCAUUCGGGUGGGUGAGGGGGAAUAAAGUGUUUCCACACCCAUGCCGGCUGCUUUGGGUGUGAGUGGAUGAGGGGCCCAGGCCUACGGGGAGGCAGGGGCAGCCCCCACUGACCCACUCAGCCCCUCUGGGCCUCCAUGCCUGGGUGGGGUCCUGGGGUGCAGGCGGAAGUAGGUGGGAAGGAGUCAGAGGACUUGUUUCUGGAUGAGACCUUCCUUCCUGUCACCCCGCCCGAGGCUAGGGCAGGUUUGUGGGUGACACUUCCUCCUGGGCAAAAGUCACCUCAUCCUUCUGGCCUCAGCCUGACCACACCCCCCACCCCAGAGAUUGAGCAGGGCUGGGGCCCGGGGCCCAUGCUUGGCACCACU